CGUGCUGGGGCUGCUGCGCGUGGGAGCCGGAAGCCGCGGGGCAGUAAAAUGGCAGCGGCGUGAGUUGCAUGUUGUCGGGGCUGCUGUAUACGUUGGAAAGAGCCGCCCGAGCCUCAGCCCGGCCCGGCCGCCGCCGCCAUGGCGGUGACUAUCACCCUGAAGACGCUGCAGCAGCAGACGUUCAAGAUCCGUAUGGAGCCCGACGAAACGGUGCGGGUGCUGAAGGAGAAGAUUGAGGCGGAGAAGGGUCGGGAAGCUUUCCCCGUGGCUGGGCAAAAGCUGAUCUACGCUGGGAAGAUCCUGAGCGAUGAUGCGCCCAUCAGGGAAUAUAAGAUCGAUGAGAAGAACUUUGUGGUCGUCAUGGUUACCAAGGCCAAGUCUGGCUCAGGGGCCCCCAUCCCCCCUUCUGCAGAGCCCUCCCAGCCCCUCCUGGCUGAGCAGCCCCCUACAGCACCUGCAGCUGCCUCAGCCCCCCCAGCAGCACCCAGCGAGAAGCCCUCCCAGGAGCCAGUGGUGACCAACCCCCCGGAGUCUACUGUGGGCUCUGUUCCCUCUUCAGGUAGCGCCGGGUGCGGCGAGGAUGCAGCCUCCACCCUGGUGACUGGCUCAGAGUACGAGACAAUGCUGGCCGAGAUCAUGUCAAUGGGCUACGAGCGAGAGCAGGUGGUGGCUGCACUCCGAGCCAGCUACAACAAUCCUCACCGUGCUGUAGAGUACCUGCUCGUGGGCAUUCCGGGCAGCCCUGACCUGGAGCGAGCACCCAUCCAGGAGAGCCAGGCCCCAGAGCCACCGACAUCUGAAGGUGAGAACCCCCUGGAGUUCCUGCGGGAGCAGCCCCAGUUCCAGAACAUGCGGCAGGUGAUUCAGCAGAACCCGGCCCUGCUGCCCGCCCUCCUCCAGCAGCUUGGCCAGGAGAACCCCCAGCUCCUGCAGCAAAUCAGCCAGCACCAGGAGCAGUUCAUCCAGAUGCUGAAUGAGCCACUGGGUGAAGGGGGUGAUGUGGCGGAGCUGGAGGGUGAGAUAGGGGCCAUGGGCGAUGACACACCCCACAUGAACUACAUCCAGGUCACGCCUCAGGAGAAAGAAGCCAUAGAGAGGUUGAAAGCCUUGGGGUUCCCUGAGAGCCUGGUCAUCCAGGCCUACUUCGCCUGCGAAAAGAAUGAGAACCUGGCGGCGAAUUUCCUUCUGAGCCAGAACCUGGAGGACGAGUGAUUUGGGGAGGCGGGAGAGUUUUAUAUGAGAGACCCUGGCCCGGAGCCUCUUAAGAAUGUACAGCCCUAUCUAUUUAAGGGGGGGGUGCCCCCUCAUGGUGCCCUGCACCCCCUCCCCACAGCCCCCGUGGCUGGGUGCAGGGCAGCAAGAAGCAAACCAAGCCCCACCUCCAAUCCCCUUUAAGAUGCAUCUGCAAUUGAGCCCUUUUUGAGACCCGGGGGGGGGGGGGCUUGGACCCCCAGCUCCAGACCCAAUUCUCUCCUCCUUCCCCUCCCCACAAGCCCUGCCCAUGCCUCUCCCUCCUGAUCCACAGAACUGCCCCCGUUGUUCUUGCCCCACAGUUCCCCUAUCUGCCCCUUCCCCCCCCACACACAAAAAAGCCAGGUCUAUGGCUUUAAGGUACCCUAUGAGGUGUGAGAGGUGGGGUGCAAUUGGUCCAGAUUCUGCCCCCCACCUGAGGGCCACCUAUUAGCCAGAGCCAGGGCUCUUAAGGGGGCAGGGUCCUUCAUCUCAAAUCUGUGUUUUAUUUUUUAAAGGGAAAGGAACCUAAAUAUUUUUUUAACCCUCUCCCUCCCAUGGGCUGCCCUCUGUGCUGGG